AUGCUCCGUUGCCGGGAUUUGAACCCGGGUCGCCUGGGUGAAAGCCAGGGCUCCACGUUGCACCUCAAGGCACGGCGGCAUUCUACAUCGACGGCACCGCGCACUGCGAAAGUGGUCGCUAUGGCGGGCAAGAAGGGGAAGAAGGGCGGGGGAGGCGGCGGAAGAGCCGGCGGAGGCGGAGGCGGAGGCGGCGCAGGUGGCGGCGGAGGCGGCGGCGGCGGGGGGAAGCUGAAGUCGGCGGGCAGCAAAUCUCCGUCCGCGGACCGCGGGACGGCGUACCAGAACGAGACGCGGAAGAUCAUCCUCAGCCAAGGAGAUCCUAAAGAACAUCAGUCUGGGGAUGUACCUGGGCGCCAAGAUCGGGUUUCUGGGGGCCAACGGAGCCGGGAAGAGUUCUUUCAUGUGCAUCCCUCCUCUCCCCCACCCCUUCAGGUGGCCCCCAACGGCAAGGAGAUCCUGAAGAACAUCAGCCUGGGCAUGUACCUGGGCGCCAAGAUCGGGUUUCUGGGGGCCAACGGAGCCGGGAAGAGUUCUUUCAUGUGCAUCCCUCCUCUCCCCCACCCCUUCAGCCGGGAAGAGUUCUUUCAUGUGCAUCCCUCCUCUCCCCCACCCCUUCAGGUCGCCCCCAACGGCAAGGAGAUCCUGAAGAACAUCAGCCUGGGCAUGUACCUGGGCGCCAAGAUCGGGUUUCUGGGGGCCAACGGAGCCGGGAAGAGUUCUUUCAUGUGCAUCCCUCCUCUCCCCCACCCCUUCAGCCGGGAAGAGUUCUUUCAUGUGCAUCCCUCCUCUCCCCCACCCCUUCAGGUCGCCCCCAACGGCAAGGAGAUCCUGAAGAACAUCAGCCUGGGCAUGUACCUGGGCGCCAAGAUCGGGUUUCUGGGGGCCAACGGAGCCGGGAAGAGUUCUUUCAUGUGCAUCCCUCCUCUCCCCCACCCCUUCAGCCGGGAAGAGUUCUUUCAUGUGCAUCCCUCCUCUCCCCCACCCCUUCAGGUCGCCCCCAACGGCAAGGAGAUCCUGAAGAACAUCAGCCUGGGCAUGUACCUGGGCGCCAAGAUCGGGUUUCUGGGGGCCAACGGAGCCGGGAAGAGUUCUUUCAUGUGCAUCCCUCCUCUCCCCCACCCCUUCAGCCGGGAAGAGUUCUUUCAUGUGCAUCCCUCCUCUCCCCCACCCCUUCAGGUCGCCCCCAACGGCAAGGAGAUCCUGAAGAACAUCAGCCUGGGCAUGUACCUGGGCGCCAAGAUCGGGUUUCUGGGGGCCAACGGAGCCGGGAAGAGUUCUUUCAUGUGCAUCCCUCCUCUCCCCCACCCCUUCAGCCGGGAAGAGUUCUUUCAUGUGCAUCCCUCCUCUCCCCCACCCCUUCAGGUCGCCCCCAACGGCAAGGAGAUCCUGAAGAACAUCAGCCUGGGCAUGUACCUGGGCGCCAAGAUCGGGUUUCUGGGGGCCAACGGAGCCGGGAAGAGUUCUUUCAUGUGCAUCCCUCCUCUCCCCCACCCCUUCAGCCGGGAAGAGUUCUUUCAUGUGCAUCCCUCCUCUCCCCCACCCCUUCAGGUCGCCCCCAACGGCAAGGAGAUCCUGAAGAACAUCAGCCUGGGCAUGUACCUGGGCGCCAAGAUCGGGUUUCUGGGGGCCAACGGAGCCGGGAAGAGUUCUUUCAUGUGCAUCCCUCCUCUCCCCCACCCCUUCAGCCGGGAAGAGUUCUUUCAUGUGCAUCCCUCCUCUCCCCCACCCCUUCAGGUGGCCCCCAACGGCAAGGAGAUCCUGAAGAACAUCAGCCUGGGCAUGUACCUGGGCGCCAAGAUCGGGUUUCUGGGGGCCAACGGAGCCGGGAAGAGUUCUUUCAUGUGCAUCCCUCCUCUCCCCCACCCCUUCAGCCGGGAAGAGUUCUUUCAUGUGCAUCCCUCCUCUCCCCCACCCCUUCAGGUCGCCCCCAACGGCAAGGAGAUCCUGAAGAACAUCAGCCUGGGCAUGUACCUGGGUGCCAAGAUCGGGUUCCUGGGGGCCAACGGGGCGGGCAAGAGCUCCCUCAUGCGCCUUCUGGCUGGGAAAGACACGACGUUUGAAGGGGACUAUUACAUUGAUCCGAGCAUCAAGAUUGGGUACCUGGAGCAGGAGCCGCUGCUGGAUGAUGGGGUGACUGUUAUGGAUAAUAUCGAACCUGCUCUUAAGGAGACCAAGGACCUGCUUCAGGAGUUUGAGGAGGUGAGUGUGGCGAUGGCGUCAGCGGGCGAUGCGGACAUGGACAAGCUGAUGACUCAGAUGGAGCGCCUGCAGACCCGCCUGGACGCAUGCAACGGCUGGGAGCUCGACAGACAACUUCAGAGAGCCAUGGACGCACUGCGCUGUCCCCCAGGGGAGGCCCCCGUGGCGAACCUGAGUGGGGGGGAGAGGAGGCGCGUGGCUCUGUGCCGCUUGCUGCUGCAGGCGCCCGACAUUCUGUUUCUGGACGAGCCCACCAACCACCUGGACGCGGAGGCAGUGGCAUGGCUGGAGCGGUAUCUGGCGGAGUUCAAAGGCACUGUCGUCGCCAUCACUCACGACCGAUACUUCCUGGAUAAUGUGGCAGGGUGGAUUCUGGAGCUGGAUCGCGGGCACGGCAUACCCUUUGAGGGCAACUACUCGGCUUGGCUCGAGAACAAGGCGCAGCGCCUGGGGGCGGAGGAGAAGCAGCAGUCGGCGCUGCAGCGGGUCAUGGAGCGAGAGAUGGAGUGGAUUCGACAGAAGGCCAAGGGGCAGCAGAAGAAGGGCAAGGCGCGCAUGCGAGCCUACGAGGAGUUGGUCAUUCAGGCGGGGCAGUACUCGCGGGAGGAGAGGCUGGAGAGCAUGUUUCUGCCGCCGGGCCCACGGCUGGGUGAUGUGGUGGUGGAGGCGGAGGGGGUUGCAAAGGCGUUUGGGGAGCGCGUUCUUAUGGAUGGGGUCAACUUCACACUGCCGCCUGGAGGCAUUGUGGGGGUGAUUGGUGGCAAUGGUGCCGGAAAGUCAACCCUGUUCCGCAUGAUCGUGGGGCAGGAUAGCCCCAAUGAGGGGACUUUGCGAGUGGGAGACACGGUGGCGCCGCUCUAUGUGGACCAAUCACGCGACGCGCUGGAUCCGAACAAGACGGUGUUUGAGGAGAUCACGGGCGGCGCAGAUGAGAUCCUUCUGGGCGAGCGCAAGGUGAACAGCCGGGCGUACUGCGCGUGGUACAACUUCAAAGGGGCGGACCAGCAGAAGAAGGUGGGCGUGCUGUCGGGCGGCGAGAGGAACCGCGUGCACCUGGCACGCAUCAUGAGGCGCGGAGGCAACCUGCUCAUGCUGGACGAGCCCACCAACGACCUCGAUGUUGACACGCUGAGGGCGCUGGAGGACGCGAUUCAGGGGUUUGCGGGAUGCGUGAUUGUCAUCUCUCACGACCGCUGGUUCCUGGACCGCAUUGCCACACAUAUCAUGGCAUUUGAAGGCGACUCCAAGGUGGUUUGGUUCGAAGGCUCGUACAGCGACUACGAGGAGGACAGGAGGAGGAGGCUUGGGAACAAAGAACCAUCACGUCUUAAGUACAGGGCGCUGGCAUGA